GUUUUCAGAAUGACUGAUCUGGAGAAUGUUAUUGAUCCUCAGUUAAAAUAUCAUGUGUUUUCUGACAAAAUCAUGGAAAAAGUUGUUCAUUUUCAAGUGUUAAAAUUAAAAGAAAGUUUCUAUAUCUGGAUCUGUACUUCGAACAAGUUAGGAAACCUUGCAGUUGCAAUGCAAACAAAAUUUAGCAGUAUUCCUUCUGGAGCAGUUCUUCUUGGCCCAGCAGAUUCCCAUUGCUUCACCAUAGCACAGCGACUAGCUAAGAAAACUGGGAAGCAGGUUUUUGUGAGUGGAAGUGUGGACUAUGACCAGCUAAUGUUACCCCUCAUAGAAAAACGUAUUGGACAGGAAUUGCAGAACUUUCCAGAAAAAUUUUAUGAUCCAAAUUAAAGCUGCCUAUAAUGAAUGUUUAAGAAGUAUAAUCAGUACAUCUGAAUUACUACACACUGUUGGUUUGCUGUAUCCAAAGAAAAUGGCACGGUAAAACUUAUUCCAACUGUGUACAUACAUAUUUCUUGUCAUGAAGCACAUAAAUAUGUGGUCUUUUGUUCAGAAAAAUGCUUUUAAAUUACAAGAUUCAAUAUUAUGUACUAUAUCCAUUUGAAAAUUUAUGUUGAGAUGUUUGCCUUUGUCUUUAUUUUUUCUCAUGCUUUGCUGUACAUGUAAAAUUUCAUGUGCUUCAAUUUUACCAUCUAUGUUACAUUUUAUUUAAUUCUACAAUCUACUCCCUUUUAUAAUACAUGCAGAUUUGUGCUGUAAUAUUGAAAUGUUUGUCAUUUUCAAGUAAUAAGGCUACUGGUACAUUUUGUGCAUGUAAAUAAAAAAGUAAAAUCAAAA